AUGGAAAUCAUGGCAAGAGAGAAUGACAACACUUUGUCAGGUCCUAGGCCGAUGGAUUUGUCUUACACUACUCCACAAGGUCCUGGUUCCAAUGGCAAGCAGAGGACGUCGAGCUUGGAAGCACCUAUCAUGCUGCUAACUGGACAUCCAAGCGCUGUCUACACCAUGAAAUUCAACCCAGCUGGUACUCUAAUCGCAUCUGGAUCCCAUGACAGAGAGAUCUUCCUCUGGAAAGUUCACGGCGACUGCAAAAACUUCAUGGUUCUCAAAGGUCACAAGAACGCCAUCCUCGAGCUUCACUGGACCAGCGACGGCUCUCAGAUUGUAUCAGCAAGCCCGGAUAAAACCGUAAGAGCGUGGGACGUUGAAACUGGAAAACAAAUCAAGAAGAUGGCUGAACACUCGUCGUUCGUGAAUUCUUGCUGUCCUACACGUAGAGGACCGCCGCUUAUCAUCAGUGGGUCUGAUGAUGGAACUGCCAAGCUUUGGGACAUGCGUCAGAGAGGAGCCAUACAAACAUUCCCGGACAAAUACCAAAUCACAGCAGUCAGUUUCUCCGAUGCAGCUGAUAAGAUCUUCACCGGUGGUGUAGACAAUGUUGUGAAAGUCUGGGACUUGCGGAAAGGUGAAGCCACCAUGACACUUGAAGGCCAUCAAGAUACGAUCACAGGCAUGAGCUUGAGCCCAGACGGCUCUUACCUUCUCACUAAUGGAAUGGACUGCAAGCUCUGUGUGUGGGACAUGCGUCCUUACGCUCCACAGAACCGAUGUGUGAAGAUCUUUGAUGGACAUCAACACAACUUUGAGAAGAAUCUGCUGAAAUGUUCUUGGUCACCUGAUGGUACUAAAGUCACUGCUGGUAGCGCAGACCGUAUGGUUCACAUUUGGGAUACAACCACUCGUCGCAUUCUGUAUAAGCUUCCAGGCCACACCGGUUCCGUCAACGAGUGUGUGUUCCACCCAACCGAGCCUAUCAUUGGAUCUUGCAGCAGCGAUAAAAACAUCUACUUGGGAGAGAUCUGA